CUAUUUGGUCUUCCCGCGUGUUGGUGCGGGUUUAUAAGUGUACCCACGGAUUCGGGGCUCCAUCUCAAAACCAAACCAUGCUGACCGGGCGGGAAAGCUUGCUUAGGGUUAUUGGCAAACGACGCCGCUUCCUGCCGAACCGCCAAAUCGUCUCCGCCUCUACUUCCGCCUCCACCUCCGCCCCCACCUCCGCCUCCCUGGUAAGUAUUCAACUCAAUGUCCUUUCGUAUUUUUCUUUUCAUUUCUCAAAGAUCCGCAAAGCUAUGUGUAUCUGUGAAAUCGUUGAGAGAGACGCUGUGGAGAAGGGAUCUGACUGUGGCGGUGUUGCGGCGGAAUCUGUCAACUGUCCUGUCUGUGAUGCCCUACUUCCCAGCCUGGAUAGUACAAUCAUCAAUUCUCAUUUAGAUUACUGUCUUGCUAAAGGAAGGAAACGGAAACUGAGCCAAGUUACACUUCUUCAAUUGAACUUCUCCAGGUCCAAAAUUAAAGUGAACUCCAUUUCGCAAGCAGAUAAACAAACUGAAGUUAUUCCAACUGAACCUAAUAGGAUUAUCUCUUCUGAUACAUUUAAUAAUUCGAAUGAGUUGGAUAGUUCUAAGGAGUUUGUUGAUAACAGCCACUCGAUUUCUUUGAGAAACAAUCAGUUAAUAAGAUGCACAGAAAAUUUGGUAGCCAACGCCAACGCCACUGCCAAUGACAACUUUAUCUCACCGUUAUUUCUCCCGGGUAUUAAGGAGGAAUGUUUGGACGAUUGUGACAUAUGGAAGGUAUUUAUUCCAACUUCCAUUGUUGGCCGUAGAUAUGGAAGUAGAGAGGAGUUAGUUCCUGAAUCAAGGAUACGCCUCUCUAGAGACCCUGAGAAUGUUAAGGAUCGAAAUGCUAUCAAGGUACAUUAUGUGGAUUGUGAAGAUGAUAACAUGCUUGGUUAUAUACCGAGGGAAUUAGCAAAGUAUCUCUCUCCUCUAAUGGACAAAUUCCACUUGAACUUUGAGGGCAGUAUUACCUCCCUACCGAAAGAUUUACGAGCUGCUGUACCAAUUCAGAUAGUAUGCAAAAAUGUGGAAUUAUGUGACGAAAUAGAUUCCAACAACAAUCAAGAAUUUAAGUCUUUAUGGAGAGAUGUUUUACAUGUUGUUGAACUUGCGAGGACUAAUCCCUCUGGGAUGACCAGGUAUCAGCAUAACUUGGCACUGCUUAUACAGGAGGUUUUAAAGAGUAACUCACAUCUUUUUACGAACAACGAAAUGUCUUUCUUAGAAUCAUACGACUCAUUUCCAGAUGAUAGUAAGAGACUUUUUGCUCGGCUCUACACGCGCAAAGGACCCUGGUUUCGAAUGUCUAAUAUUUCAUACCCUGAGAUAGCUAAUAACCACCAAGCGAUAAAAGAACUUGUAGAAGCAGGAUAUUUAUGUUCCUUCCCAUUGCCGAAUAAGCUAGAAGACAACAACUUAGAGGAGGUUUUGGACGUACUUAACAUUGAUGAGCUACGAGAAGCUUUGCGAGUACUUAAAAAGAAAUGCAAUCAUGGUACACGAAAGCAAGACCUCAUUAAUUUGCUUAUAUCUUUAAGCAAGGAUGGCCACUGUUCAGAGCUCCAAAGUUUUGUUUUAGCAACAACCGGCUCCUGUGUUAAAGUAUCUCCUUUGGCCGAAUCUCUAAUAUGGCGAGCUGAGAGGCUUUUCUUCCUUAAUGGGGAGCAGGACCUGUCAGCGUUUUUACUUGUGGAUUUAGGCAUUGUGAAAUAUCCCGCUUACAGAUGUAUAAUCUCAGAGCAAAUCUUUUCAGUUAGGAGUGAGUUGCUUUCUUAUGAAGAGGCUAUUGAAAUUUCACAAGUGAUGGUUGAAUCUCUUGAUGAGAAUAACUCUGAGCUGGUCUUAGGAUGCAUAGACAAAUCUGUCUCAAGCAUUUCAAUUUCUUCGAAAGAGAGCAAAUCUUCAACUUGUGGAUCAAUGUCUGCUUUUUUAUCGCACUUUUCGGCCUCAUGGGUCUACUCUAAGGCGGUCUUACUGGGUGUUUCCUUUUUUGAGCGUGAAAAGAGGUACAUUGACGCCAUUAAUCUACUCAAACAGCUGCUAAAUACAUUCACUUGUGAUAGAAGAAGGGGAUAUUGGUCUUUAAGGCUUUCUGUUGAUUUGGAACAUCUUGGUCGUGUAGAUGACAGCUUGCAAGUGGCGGAAGAUGGUUUACUCGAUCCAUGGGUUCGUGCUGGCACAAGAAUAGCUCUACAAAGAAGAGUACUACGGUUAGGGAAACCUCCUAGGCGCUGGAAAAUACCAAGUUAUUCCAAUUCUGUUAAGAGGAAGAUUUUCGAGGUUCAUAUUCAAGGAAGACCGUUGAAUUGUAAAACAGGGAUGAAGAGCGUAUUUUAUGGUGAAGAUGGAGAACGAUGUGGAGUGGAACAGCUUGCGUUACAAUAUUAUGCUGGGGAGGGAGGCGGUUGGAAAGGUGUUCACACAGAGAGUGGGAUUUGGCUAACUAUUUUCGGGAUCUUGAUGUGGGAUAUUCUGUUUGCUGAUGUACCAAAUGUCUUCCGCACCAAAUUUCAGACUGCACCACUGGAUUUGGAGACUGAUAGUUUCUACGAAGCAAGAAAGAGCCUAAUAGAAGCACUCCUCGACAAAAUUGUUAACGGCAUGGCAGAAGAGAUACUCAUCACCGGGUGGGAAUCACACGUAGGAACAGCCUGCCGAGGCGUGAACUGGGAGAAGCACUCAUUGGCCGAUCUUCGAGCUGCCGUAAAAUGCAUAGGCGGCUCUUGCCUUGCGUCAAUAUGCCGACACCUGGCGCAAGAUUACAGGAGCUGGUCUAGUGGUAUGCCUGAUCUGCUUGUUUGGCGUCUCCAUGACUGCUAUAGUGGUGAAGCGAAGCUCGUGGAAGUAAAAGGCCCAAGGGAUAGACUUUCCGAGCAGCAGCUUGCGUGGUUGCUAUUUUUAAUGGACUGCGGCUUUAAUGUUGAGGUCUGUAAGGUAACUCCGGCUCUUCCUGUAGAAACGUGAUAUACGUUUGAUUUCGUACGAGGCUGUCUCGUUUGAUAUAAGUUAUUACAACCACUUGACUAGUACAGUAUGAUUCUAUAUAUACAUAUAUAAACAUCAUUGUUUGGGAAAACGAUUGAUACGGACACGAUGAAUUGGUCCGAGUCUCUACUUCGUCUACUUUUUUUUCAUUCCUGAAAGACAACGGGAUGAUUUGUUAGGAUGCUUAAAAUGGCUCUAUGUAUUUAAGAGAAUUUUAUUAUAUAUAUAUUUUUGUGUGAAUAUUGAUAUUGUCAGUUUAUUUAUAUUAUUUUUUCUUUUUA